AUGCCUUCUGGUGAUAUCGGUUUGAUCGGUUUGGCCGUUAUGGGUCAAAACUUGAUUUUGAACGCUGCUGACAAUGGUUACACCGUUGUUGCUUACAACAGAACCCAAGAAAAGGUUACCCACUUUUUGGCUAACGAAGCUAAGGGUAAGUCUAUUGUUGGUGCUACUUCUAUUGAAAACUUCAUUGCUCAAUUGAAGAGACCAAGAAAGAUCAUCAUCUUAGUUAAGGCUGGUAAGCCAGUUGACGCUUUGAUUGAUCAAUUGGUUCCUCACUUGGAAAAGGGUGAUAUCAUCAUUGAUGGUGGUAAUUCUCACUUCCCUGACACCAACAGACGUUACGACGAAUUGACCAAGAAGGGUCUUUUGUUUGUCGGUUCUGGUGUCUCUGGUGGUGAAGAAGGUGCCAGAUACGGUCCUUCUUUGAUGCCUGGUGGUUCCGCUGAAGCUUGGCCUCACAUCAAGGAGAUUUUCCAAGCCAUUGCCGCUAAGACUGAGGGUGAACCUUGUUGUGACUGGGUUGGUGAGUCAGGUGCCGGUCACUACGUCAAGAUGGUUCACAACGGUAUUGAAUACGGUGACAUGCAAUUGAUUUGCGAAGCUUAUGAUUUGAUGAAGAGAGUUGGUAAGUUUACCAACAAGGAAAUUGGUGAUGUCUUUGCGACUUGGAACAAGGGUGUCUUGGAUUCUUUCUUGAUUGAUAUUACCAAGGACAUUAUGUAUUACAAUGACCCAACCGAUGGUACUCCAUUGUUGGAAAAGAUCUUGGAUACUGCUGGUCAGAAGGGUACUGGUAAGUGGACUGCUGUCAACUCCUUGGACUUGGGUAUGCCUGUCACUUUGAUUGGUGAAGCUGUCUUCUCUAGAUGUUUAUCUGCUUUGAAGGACGAAAGAGUUGAAGCCUCUUCCAUCUUGCCUGGUCCCACCGUGGAAGAUGUUUCCCCAAUCAAGGACAAAAAGCAAUUUGUUGAUGAUUUGGAACAAGCUUUGUACGCUUCCAAGAUCAUUUCUUAUGCUCAAGGUUUCAUGUUGUUGAAGGAAGCUGCUAAGGAAUACGGCUGGAAAUUGAACUUCCCAUCCAUCGCUUUGAUGUGGAGAGGUGGUUGUAUCAUCAGAUCCGUUUUCUUGGGUGAAAUCACCAAGGCUUACAAGGCUCAACCAGACUUGCACAACUUGUUGUUCUACCCAUUCUUCAAGGAUGCCGUCACCAAGGCUCAAAAGGGAUGGAGAAGUACCAUUGGUAAGGCUGUUGAAUUUGGUGUUCCAGUUCCUGCUUUCUCCACUGCUUUAGCCUUCUACGAUGGUUACAGAUCUGCUCAAUUGCCUGCUAACUUGUUGCAAGCCCAAAGAGAUUAUUUUGGUGCUCACACUUUCCAAGUUUUGCCAGGUAAGGAAAAUGAGUUGUUGAAGAAGGGUGACUGGAUUCACAUCAACUGGACAGGUAGAGGUGGUGAUGUUUCCGCUUCUACUUAUGAUGCUUAA